AUGGUGCACGUUAAAAUCGCAUACCAUGGGGCUCUUGAGCCGUCUGAGAAGGCGAACCGACUUGCAGGCGUGAAUGUGGAGCUACGGCCUGGCUGGAGUGUACGAGACCUUUGCGAUGAAAUUGCGAGUCUCGCUGCGAGGCACGGCAUCGGCCUGCGAGUGGGCGCUUUGGUGAAUCCGGCCAGAGGGCGAGCAGCGCCUCCCCACGAGGAGGCAGCUUCACACUUCGCGGACGGCGAUGUGGCCUCAGUGCUGGGCGAUCUCGCGCCGGAGCCCUAUCCGGAGCGGCCCCCGCGGCCUCCACGAUCCGCCGACUCGCCGGUACCGGUGACCAUCUUCACUGGCUUCCUGGGCGCGGGGAAGACGACGGUCCUGAAUCAUCUUCUGGCCGGGCAGAGAGACAAGAAGUUCGCCGUCAUUGAGAACGAGUUUGGCGCCGUCCCUAUCGACAACGAGCUCUUGGCCAACUCCGCCAUGGGCUUAGCGGAGCAGGUGGUUGUCAUGGAGAAUGGCUGCAUGUGCUGCACCGUGCGAGGAGAUCUUCUCGGUGCUUUUGACGCCAUCCGUCGGCAGAUGAAGUCGGGCAGCCCGCUGGAUGCGGUGCUCGUCGAGACGACUGGAAUGGCAGACCCGGUCCCAAUCGUCAGGACCCUACGGCAGACGCCGGAAAUUGCAAGGUACUUCCAACUGGACGGGACCAUCACUCUGGUAGACUCCAAAACCAUCCUGGACCGACUGGCGGAGUGCUCCGCCGACGAGGAGGCUCAGGAGCGGCAUUCCCAGAUCUCUUUCGCGGACAAGAUCCUUCUGAACAAGCUUGACCUUGUCACUGACCAAGAGGUGGCUGAGGUCUGGAGCCGAAUACGCUCGUACAACGAGACGGCGCCCAUCGUCCCCUCCGUGAAGGGCGUGGUACCGGCGCGCGAGUUGACGGACAUCGGCGCAUACGACAUGGGUAAGAUCGUGGAGGAAGAGGAGGAACAGGCCGAAGGCCACGGCCAUUCGGAAGGUCAUGGGCAUAGCCAUGGACACAGCCAUGGUCACGGCGAGGAAGCGUGCUACGAGGCCUUUGGCUUGGUGGGUGCCAGGGACCACGGCUCCGGUCAUGGCGCGGGUCAUGGCUCGGGCCAUGGCGGCGGUGAAGAUCACCGGGACGCGCAUCACGGACCGGCACAUGGUCACGGCCACGACAGCUCGCGGCACAAUGCACAGAUAGGCAGCUUUAGCAUUGUCCGGAAGGGAAUGGAGGUGGAGCCUUUGGCCUUCGCACGGUGGGUCCGGAUUAUCGCCACCUUGCCGAAGGAGAAAGGCCGGCUUUACCGCUCUAAAGGCGUUUUGGCAGCCAGCGGCAGGAGCCGCAAGCUCAUUUUCCAUGCCGUGGCAGAUGUGACGGAGAUGUGCGAGGGUCCGGAGUGGCCUGUUGGUGAAGAGAAGGUCACCAAGAUCGUCUUCAUUGGCAAGAGCCUCGCCCGUAGAGAGAUCGAAGAUCGAUUCCUGCAAGUGGUGCAGCCUUUGCAACUUAAUCUUAGGCCAUCCUUUCAAGCGCCGACGUGUUCGCCCAACUUUACGUCCAUGAUGCAGGCCGGAAUUCUGCAGCGAGCACUUCUGUGCCUGUGGACGCCGGACGUACUGCGGGUGUCGCGGGCCUCUGCCCCGUGCUUUGACGGCGUCUUCGCUCCGGAGGCGCAUCGCGCAUUCCAAGCCGCCUGCGCUGAUCUGCCACCGGCGGCACCGAAAGGUCUGCACAGCAUGGAAGGCCAACUGUGGCUUCAUGGACUACUGCCGAUGCGCAGUGUGCGGCAGUAUGCGACAGCCUGGAAGAAAGCCAACCUUGUGCUCGCCAUGCCCUCCAGUGUCGAGCACCUCUUCGGAAAGCCCAUGUGCUUCGACUCAGCCGAUGAUGUUGAGGCCGCAGGCGUCAUGUGGCUGGAGCUGUCCGAGCUGGACGGCACCGGCUGCGUCAACUACGUUACGGAUUUCGAAUGGAGGCCAGAGACGAUGAAGUCCUUCUUCGACGUUCCUGGGAGUUCAACAAACUCAGGCCUCGUAAAGUUCACAGUCGAGGACCCCAGUGGCGACAUGGAACUUGACGAUGAUUUGAAGUUCCGGGUCAACUUGAUCCCGGAAGACGGCGGCUCCGAGGCAGGGGCCCUGAAGGUCAUGCACAGGCUGUCUCUCUCGCUUGUGGGCGGAAAGAGCUCGGAAAAGAUUUACCAGAUUUUCUUCCACACGGUGGAUCCUACCUACCAGGUUCACAUCAACGUGCCAGACCAUCGCCAGCCGAUUUUCCCUACCAACGAGGUUUUCCAUCAGUGGCACCCACUGAUGGAUGGCCUCCGCCGGCGGCCGCGCCUUAGGUUUCUCAUCCGGCUGAAGCCCAUGGAUAGUGGUCCGCUGGAUUCUAUGUGCGGCUGCUGCGGCUGA